AUGACUAGUCAUACAAUUUUCAAUGAAACGACAACAUUGAUGAUGUUGAAAAACGAAUCGACAACAACGGCAUUGGUACUAACGAAUGAUUCAACAUUAAUCAAUCAAUCGUCAUUAGAUAAUCUUUGUAAAAAUUUUCAUCUCAUCGUAUUUCUGUGUAUUAUAUUUGUACUCAUUAUUACGGCUAACAUAUCUGUUAUUCUUCAAUUGAGCUGUUCAAAAAAAAGCCAAAGUCGCAUGAGUUUCUUUCUGUUAAAUCUGGCAUAUGCUGAUUUAUUCGUUGGUAUCAUCAUUGUCACACGUGAUAUUAUUGAAAAAAGUUGUAUACCAUUUGGACUCGGCUCUCUCGGAUGUCGACUGAUCAGUUUCAUACAAGGAACAAUUUCAUAUAAUUCAAGUUAUGUACUUGUCUGUGUAUCAAUUGAUCGUCUCUACGCCAUUAUUCGUCCAAUGGAUGUUCGGAUUGCAUCUUCAGCAUUUCGAUAUUCGUUAAUCAUCGCAUCAUGGAUUAUUUCAAUGACCUUCGCGUCUGCUCAGUUAUAUCUCCGCGAUAUCAAUACGAUUGAAGGAAUGCGUAUAUGUGGUAAUCGAUCGGAUGUUCAAAAUUGGAAUGCAUAUGUCUACUUCUUAUUUAUCUCAUUAUAUCUUGUUCCAUUGAUUGUUAUGACAGUGUCAUAUGUAAUUAUAAUCAUAAUCAUAUGGAGAAAAGGUUCGAUGAAAAUCAAAGAUGGAUCAACAAGCGAACGGAGGGAGAGAUCACGAUUACGUCGAUUCUUCUCAUCGAAAAAGUCAACUUUAAGUGAUGAUCAACAGAUCGAAACGCGCAUACGAGAUGUUCGCUCACUUGGCGUUAUACCUCGAGCAAAAAUCAAAACCGUCAAAAUGACCUUAGUCAUUGUUAUUGCUUUUACUGCGUGUUGGUCGCCUUAUUUCAUUCUCACAAUAAUGAAUACGCUUGGCUUCAUUCAAGAUUUUGUACUUAUACGUGUGACAUCAUCGUUAUGUUAUAUGAAUUCCUUAGCUAAUCCACUUAUAUAUUGGCUUUUUGCAACCAAUUUCUGUCUACGAUUCAGUACAAAAACGACCAAUGUUUCUCUCUCCUAAGGAAAUCAUGGUCGUCCACAAGUGACAAAAACGAAAUCAACAUCGAAUGUCGAAAACGCUCGUCGUUCCUCCUUAUCCGAUCGUCGACAAAGUGUGAAUAGUGUGAAAUAUCAACGACGACGUUCAGAGGACCAUCAUCGUGCACAUCAUCCACGCAUACCAACACCUACAGCACCUUUACCUCAUCAUUCAAAAUAUCGUUUACCAACAUUGAAUCAUGUACAAGGAACAACACGUCUUAUUCAACAACAAAAUCUACCAGCAUCAUCGAUUCUCUACGGCCAUCAACAUCAUUCACCGAUUUAA